UGAAAACUAACUUGUACUCAUCUAACAAAACGGUUUCGUGGUGUAGUUGGUUAUCACGUCAGUCUAACACACUGAAGGUCUCCGGUUCGAACCCGGGCGAAGCCAUAUACAUUUUUAUGUUUUUCUAUGAUUUUGUUUGGGUUAAAAUACUGAAUAAAUAAAUUAUCUCUCUCCGUAAAGUAAAUACCCAUUUCCUUAUUCUUAAUUUUGUGCAUCUUCUGAUUCUAUAAUUAUACUCAACCAAAUCUCUCUCUCUUCUCUCUCCAAACUCUAAAAUGGCUCACCAGGAAGAAGGAUGGCCGUUGGGUCUGAGACCAGUAAAUGCAAGAAUUGGAGGACUCACAAGAGAACCUCAUCAUGAACAAGUUUCUGCUGGUUCCAUCUCCUUCAGCUCUCUUCACUCUCCUUCUCCCUCCUCUCCCUCUUCCUCCGAUCUUGAUUCCCAGUCGAUGGGAUCAUUUUUUCGAGAUAGGGGCUACACACUAGGAAACCUAAUGGGGAUAUCAAGCUUUCUAGAACUUUCAAGAAGAUCAAAUCGAACAAGGAUUGAUCAAACAGCUUCUAGGAAUCAUCAACAUCAGAAGAAUCUCAAAUCUUACAAGCCAUGGAUUUUCUCUAUAUGUUCCAAACUAAGCACACAUUCUACUAUCAUUCCCCAUAACAAAAUUACUAUAAACGAGUAUAACCGUCGUAACAAUGUGCAAUCUCUCGGACAUUUCCUCAUGGUGGAGAGACGAGCCAUCGGAUCAACCUCACGGUCCACACCAACCAUGUGAAUGUCCCAGAAUUAAUAGCGAAGCAAGCUGGCUCAUGUGAAAUUCUUGUUUGAAACACUUAUGAUAUUUUGAAAUUUGUUUUUUUAUAGUCUAAUGAACAUAACAAAUUCCGAUUGUAUUUUGUAUUUGUUUGUUUCAAAUGAUUUUGUAUUUGAGAGCUUGAAAUAAUUUUUCAUUGCA